AUGGUUGGCUAUGACCCAGAUUCCGAGUGUGCGUCUCUUACAACCGUGGACAUAGCAACAGCAGGAUCUGCAUCUGGGUUUGUCACUCGGGCAAUGAUCAGCCCCUUUGAUGUCCUAAAGAUUCGUUUUCAGGUACAGUUCACAUAACAGUUACUGUGUUGCUACAAUGAACAAGCAAAAAGUUUGCCAUCAAACUUAAGCCAUCAACUAUGCCCAUUGUCUUCUCGAUCAGUAAGCUGUAUAGUUAAGAAGCUACAGUCAUACCUUGGGUUAAAUGUGCUUCAGGUUGAGCGUUUUCAGGUUACGCUCCGUGUUACUUUCGGGUUUCGCCGUUUGCGCAUGCGCAGACGCUCAAAAUGACGUCAUGCGCAUGCACGGAAGCGGCGAAUCACGACCCGCGCACAGGCAGACGCGGGUUGCGUUUGCUUCAGGAUGCGAACAGGGCGCCGGAACAGAUCCCAUUCACAUUCAGAGGUACCACUGUAUUCCUUUAUGAGUCAGCUUUCAUGCAAUUUUGCUCACACACUGUGAAGGACCAAGUCCCUCAGCCUUUCUAGCCAAAGAUCUAGCAAAUGCAUUUAUCUGUGCUGGCUGAAACCAGCUGUGGUAUAGCCCUUUCUAGGCUGUCUCAUAAGAAGUGUUCUUAAAUUGGACAGCCAGUUAAGUAAACUCAUUCUCCAAGUCUCAAUCCUUUAUGUAGCUAAAAGAGCAUCAUCAGUGCACAAGACAGAGGUAUGAACAGACUUGAGAGGGACCCCAACAUUUGCAUGAAUACAAACAUCUUUAAAAACCCCUAAAGAGGGCAUGACAAGAAAAGCAGACAGUGAGGACAGAGCGCAAUCAUUGUGGCCACAGAACACUAGCUGGGACAUUGAAUAGCAGCAUAGUGCAACCUUUUGUUAUAGGCCCCACUUGUUUAACAGGCUUGUGUUACAUGCAAUUAGCAUGCAAACACCUCAGAAGAUGAAGUUAAUUAUCAUGCCAUUUGAUUUUCGUAAGCCCUCUCUGCUUUAGAGAUGUUGUGUGAAAACUGGUAAUAUACUCUUGACAGUUAGAAUUAUGAGAGCAGUACAUGGCCUGGAAAGAGUUGAGAGAAGCACCCUAAUUAUUUAAACCAGGGAUAUGGAACCUGUGGUCCUCUAACUCUCAGCAUACCUGACCAUUUGCUAAGCUGCCUGGGGUGAUGUUCAACAACAUGUGGAAGGCCACAGGUUUCAUAUCCCGAAUUUAAACCAUGAAGCAAUUUACAGUGUAUACAUUAAAACUGAAAGCCAACUAUACCUGUCUUCUUUCAGCUUCAGAUAGAGACAUUUUCUGCAAGAAACCCCCAGGCUAAGUAUCAUGGCAUCUGGCAGGCUGUUUGCAAGAUUUUCCAGGAAGAAGGGCUACCAGCUUUCUGGAAGGGCCAUGUCCCUGCUCAGCUCCUCUCAGUUACCUAUGGAGCUGUCCAGGUAAGAAUUAGGAAAUGUUUGGGAUUAACUCUCUACCCUGAGUGUUUCAUCUUUUCCAGUGACUUACUCAGCAAAUCUGUUAUGUUAUAGCUGCCUUUCCUUUAUUUGCCCUCAAGUACCAGUUUCACUUUUCUAAGGGCCAGUAAUAGUAGUAACAACAACAACAACAACAUUAUAAUUUAUAAACUGCUCAUCUGGGCAUAACAAAGACUUCACUCUUUUGUCAUCUGGACUCUUCCUGUGCUUUCUGACCAUGUGCAAAGUAAUUAUAAUGCUAUUGUGUGGAAGGAAUAAUAAGGAUCAGUUAAUCCAAAACCCUUACACUCUCAGGGAGGCAUCCAUUCCAUCUCCUUGCAGUUCCCUCCCCCCAAAGCCUCUCUUGCAGUUUGCGAAACCCUCUGUCUGAUUUUUCUCUUUGCAACUGCCAGUCUAAUAAGUCUUCACUCCCUUCUUCUGUGUGGAGAGGUACAGAAGCCCCAGGCCUUUUAUGAAGGUUCCCUGACAACCAGGAGAGGCUUUUCAGGAGGUAACAGUGAGGAGGAGGGAUGGUGAAAUAUAUUUUGCAUGAACAUUGCAUUGGAAACGACCCUUUCCAUCCAGUGACUGCAAGGUGGUUUGGCAUCCUGACUGUGCUGUUGCUACGAUCUUUCCAUCCUUCUCCCUGAUGACAAAUAGAUGGGUUUCAGUAACGUUUUGUUAGCAUGCAGAUCGACUUGCUGUAGGACACUAGUGUUCCUCAGUACUAUACGAUAGUAAAGGUGUGCAAACAGUGGUGCAGCUAGAUGAUUUAGCAUCUGGACUGAAUGGUCUUAUAGUUCCUUCCCACCUUUAGGUGAUAAUGUGUAUUACGCUGAGCUUCUUUCAUCCCUCCCCACCAUCUCCCCAGAAAAACAUGUGUGGUGCAACCUGAGCCUUCGCAUAUUUGCUCAGAAUUAAAUCCUUUUGUGUUCAAUAAUCUUAUUCCAAAGUAAAUGUGUGAAUAAGCUUACACCCAACCUUUCACCCUGAGCUUUCACAGACAGAAAGAUAAGGGAGAAGACAGUUUAGAGAGAAACCAAAAAUGGGCAAAGCCAGAAAGGUGAAAGUUUGUCUCCCUGCCGACCGCUUACAAUUCCAUGCUUUACACAACUGCUGUAUCCCCACUAUAUUAGAGAGAGAAAGAAACCCAAGUGUUUGCCUAGACAGUGCUGCCAAAUAAAAUAAUAAAGACUGAACAUGUUCAGAGUUUCAUGUUGUAAGCUCAUUUAAUUCAUAAUGGCACCAUCAUAACUACAGGCUUAGAACGUGCUUUGCUUGUUUGGUCCUGAUACUGAAAACCCCUGCAGGAUGCAGAGUGCAGUCUGGACCACCUUCCAACUCUGCCCCACCCCUGCUGAGGUCAGUUGUACAACUUCACUGAAAAUUGCCAGAGUAGAGUUAAUGGAGAAUUCAGGGACACCGUAGGUGGUGGUCUUGGGAAUUGAGAAAAGACAGACAACACAAUUGCAGGGAUACCAUCCAGGAAACCUAACGUCCAGCCAUAGCAGUUGAGUUGAAACCUGAUGGCAAUGAUACACAAGACAUGAUGGUCCAGUACUAGUAACUUCUCAUUCAGCUGCUCAUGCUGCUACUGCCACCUCCUCACAAGGGGUGCAGCUGAAGUGGUAUGAGACAGAAUGCCUCUUCUUACUUACUUGUAUUAAAAAUAGAUAAUUUCUUUUACAAAUGUUACUGUGAUGUGUGUGGCUGGGCUGCAGUGGAGAUUUUAGGUGAUAGGUUUCAUUCUCCUCGCUGUGGGUGGCAACCAUGUUUCUUACUUAAACUGAUGGUGUUCAUCUCUUGUUUUUCUUUCUAUGCAAGUUUGUAAGCUUUGAGUUUCUGACAAAGUUGGUGCACCAGGGCACAUCUUACGAUGCCAGAGGCUUCACAGUGCACUUUUUCUGUGGCGGGCUGUCUGCUUGUGUUGCCACCGUGGCAGUUCAGCCCCUGGACACACUGCGUACCCGCUUGGCUGCCCAAGGUGAGCCAAAGGUAAGAGAUGGGUGAGAAGCUUUCCCCCUGCCAAGUCUGCUGUGUGCAUCCUUUCCCAGUUGGUUCUGCUCCCACCAAUUUAGGUGAUGGUCAUUUGGUGAUCUUGGAAGCACAUGACGGUUUCUUUAUUUAAUUACAGGAUUGAGAAUGAGCAGCCACAGGCCAUAGGCCCUUGGGCUCCCUUCCACUCCUUUCCCCAUGCACAAGAGGAGAUGGGAAGCUUCUGCAUUUGCUAUUUUGUUUGAAUGUAGCAAACUAUGGUUUGCACAAACCAUUAGGAAGAAUACAGUGGUACCUUGGUUUACAACCAUAAUCUGUUCCGGAGGUCUGUUUGUAAACCAAAACAGGUUGUAACACAAGGCGUACUUUCACCAGUGGGGCCUCCCAAAAAAAUUUGUUCGUAAUCCAAAAAAAAAGGGUUGUAAUCCAAAAAAAAGGUUGCAAACCGGGAUACACACUUCUGGGUUUGACAUGUUUGUAAUCCAAAACGUAUGCAAACCAAGACGUAUGCAAACCAAGGUACCACUGUAUAGCCAAUUUACCAAGUGGUAAAGAUUUUCUACCACACAGUUCUUUUAGUCAUAGAUAUUAAUGAAAACAUGGUGUGAAUUAUUUUUUUCUGCCCCACAUGCUUGUAUAUAGUAAAGGUUGGGGGCUUUAUCAGAUGGUAAGAUUUCCCCACAUCUACCAAUUGUGGAGUUAGUAAUUGAUGCUUCCCCUCUCCCAACACAAAUCUAAAUUUUGGGCCCAGGGAUCUUCCCUUCUGUCUCCAGAAAAAUGAUGGUUUUGAAUUCAGAACAAUCGGUAUUUUGCAGAAAUAUGCUCAAUUAGCAUGACACGCCUUCAUGCAGCGCAUAGUUAAUAGAACUUGCUCCCACAGGAGGCUGUGUUGGCCACCAAUUAGGUUGGCUUUGAAAGAAUACCAGUUGCCAGAAACUGGAGAGGAGGAGAGUGUCCUUGCGCUAGGACUCUCCCUGUGGGCUUCCCACAGGUAUGUGGUUGACGAUGGUGAAAACAGGAUUUUUUAUCUAGAUGGGCCAUAGGCCUGAUUGGGUAGGCUCGUCUUAUGAUAAAUAAUUCUGUCUUACCCUAUAUAGAGUUUAGGUCUUAGAGGAGCAAGGUUUACUAUUCCGCUUGCAAGAUCAUAGCAAGUGGGUAAGGUGGGAAAAUUUGACUGGACAUUUUAAGGUGGAAUUUGAUUGGUGUGAAAAGUAUGUGCAGAAGCUCCACUCCAUAAACUCUGGAGCUUUUUGGGAGCAUUACUGAAGCCUGACUUACACACUGAUGCAUAUAGAGCAAUAAAUAUCAUAGGGCUCUGUUAAUGAGCCACACAAGGAAACAUACUCACCCAUGAACUGUUUUAGAUUUACAGGAACUUCCGCCAUGCUGUAGCAUGUGUGUACCAGCAAGAAGGGCUGUUGAGUUUUUAUAAGGGGCUCAGCCCUACUCUCAUUGCCAUUGUCCCCUAUGCUGGCUUCCAGUUUUCCUUCUAUAGUCUCCUGAAGAAACUGUAUGACUGGAUCGUUCCAAGUGAAGAAAUGAAAACAGGUUAGUCCUGGGGGGUUGGAAAAGUGUUGGGGGGGGGAUUGUCUGUGCUCCUGUGUAGCACCCCCACCCACCCCAGUUUUUUAUUUUAAAUAACUUUUUAUUAGGCUUUAUAAACAAGGAUCAUAUAAAUAAUACAUGAUAGAGAUAAAUAGACCAAGUCUUCUACUGUCAUUUGCAUAUCAGAAAAAUAGCACGCUAAAUUUGCAGUAAUAUCUACAACAUCUGGUUCCUUGUUAGUGGUCAAUGCUUUUGGUUCAUGAAUCCCACCCACUUCAGUUGAUGCAGUCUGUCGCUAAGUUGUACAUAGUUGUGCUUGGAAAGUUGCUCCAAGGGCUCCAGCUAUUGGUUUUUCUUGUAAAUCACUGCUUAAUAAAAGUGGAUAUAUGGAUAACUAAUCAUAAUAACACUGGAAGCCUUUAACUAAUUCCUGUCUUAAGCUACCAAGCAGUUCUGAAACACAUCCCUCAACUCCAGACUUCUCUUUUUCAGGUAAUAUUAAAAACUUCGUCUGCGGCAGCUGUGCUGGCGUCCUCAGCAAAACCCUCACUUAUCCUUUUGACCUGUUCAAGAAAAGACUGCAGGUAGCUGGCUUUGAGCAAGCCCGGGCAGCAUUUGGGCAGGUGAGAGACGUUUCAGAUUGCAGGGAUCUUUCUGCCUCCCUUUUUUUGUGUACCUAACGUAGCCCACAAUUUAUGUAAACCAGGCGGAUAAAUUGAAAGUAAAAUCUGAAACAACCUAGUCUUAAACUAUAAAGGAUAACUUUAUAACAGCAUUGUGUGACAUAAGGGCAGUGUGGCACUAAAAUUAAGAAUCCCACUGCUUAUUUGGAGCUGUGUGAUGGAGGAACAAAAUGGAUUCAUUGGAGAUACUACUGGAAAACUGGUCUUAUCCUCACUGACCAGAGAACUAUGUGACCAAUUACACAAUCAGUAUAUUUGUUACUUUUAAAAUACUAAUGUGCACACAUUGAAUUGAUCCUGGAAACAAACUGGCAACCAGUGCAGCUGUUUUAAAACAGGGGUUGUAUGUGAUCUAAAGGGAAUUUGAUCUAAGUGCUGUAUUUUGGACCAAUUGUAGUUCCUGGGCGGUUUUCAAGGGCAGCCUUGAAUCUUUUCAGGAUUCAGCCUCAAAUUUUUUGGCCCACAUCCAGCCCAUCUUCCUUCAAGCACAGGCUUAGCAGCUCACCAAGCCUCUCUUGAUUCAGAUGGAGCAGAGAGAUGGAGCUGCGUGUCAUUUUCAUAUCAUGGAUAACUUUACUCCAGAUCUCUUUGCAACAGCUUCCAGAAACUUCACAUAUAUAUAUUCCGUUCACAAUCAGGUUCUGGUUUGACAUCCUAAUCCGUUAGCUGAUGGUUUCUGCAAACCACUGUUUCCAAUAAUAGUACAAAACGGGAAGUUGAGUUCUGCUACAAACUGCACAAGGUUUCUUAACGGGCUGGAUUUGUGCCAUCCCUCACUCCAUUCUCUUUCCCCCCAGGUGCGGACGUAUAGUGGCUUAGUGGACUGUGCCCAACAGAUUGCACGGGAUGAAGGAGCCAGAGGAUUCUUCAAGGGCCUCUCACCAAGCUUGCUGAAGGCUGCGUUUGCAACGGGCUUCACUUUUUUCUGGUAUGAGAUCUUCUGCAGUUUCCUGCGCGCUGUGAAGUACCCCAAUGGCCCCAAAAAGCAGGAAGGCUGAUAUAAGAGAGCUCCUCUCUGUGGAGACUGAAACAUUAAUCUGUCAGCCACACUGUCAUAUGUGGGGAGCGGGGUGUGGGGUGUGGAAUGUGGAUUGUGGGGGGUGUUUGCAGAGUGGCAACGAUUGUCUCUUUGCCAAAGCCCAGAAAGCACCUUACCACUAUGUUUGGCCCAAAUGAAAGGAGAUUGCCUUCUGCAGCUUCUACCAAGGACAUUGUGGGCCUGUCUUUUCUCUCUGGAGCACUUCCUGUCAUGCCUCCCAUGAGCACUUCUUGUCUUGCCUUCUAUGGAACAGGCAUUAACACUGGGAGGAAGUUUACAGAUAUUGCUAUUGAGGCCCUCCCAUCUUAGCUAAGUUCAAUGGGGAAUGUUCUUUACCCACCGGCAAAUCUCUCUCUGCUUUUUCCCCAUCUUCUCAUGACUGGGGCUGCUCUAACUGCUUUGAAUCAAACCCUGACUUGACCUGCUCACAUCCCCCUUAACUCUCUCGGGACACAGUUGCCAGCCCGGCUUUUCCAGCAUUGACAUUUUGUGGUGUUUACCUUAAACCAGAGCUAUAGUAAGCCUUGCUUACAGGCAUUUGCUUGAUGGCGCAGCUGCCUGUUAGAAUGCUGGCUGCACUGGUGGUUCAGAAUAGGAAGCAGAACUGCUGGGGGGGGGUGCUGCUCCAUUAGGACCAAUGAGACUCUGCCCCCACAAACUUCAGCUUACCCUCAGUGGCACUGCCUGUCAGCUUCCUCCUCUUUGUAGGGAGGAUAAUAGGGAAUUAACUAGAACUAGCUGGCUCUGCUUCUCAUUGGUUCUGGCUCCACCUGCUGGUCUGUCAGUCCCAAUGGGCACCAGCCAGCACUGGAAGCUGCUCCAGCUUAUCAUCAGUCCUUAUUUGUCCUUGCCUCUUGUGGGUGGUCUCAGAGGGCGUUAUGGUGUUUUAUCAAUGACGGAGCAAAUUCUAUAAUAAAUAAAAAAGCAGUGGGGUCCAAACAAAGGGAGGCCUGCAGAAGAGUGGGUAACCAUCUGCUCCCUUCCUGCCUUCUGUGCCAGUUCUAUUGAUGCUUGUGUGUCCCAUAUAAGCACAUUUUUUUAUCACCUGCCCAAAUGUGGCCAGUAUAGUUUUGCAAUAGGCCCACAAAAAAGGUGCCAACAUUUUCCUUUUUUUUUAUAGUCUUGACUUCUACACUCCUACCUUAAUGCACACAUACUGAACUGAAAACUGGGGGAAGUUUCUUUCUGAACAUAGCCCAAGUCUUUUAGUUUUGAAUACUAAUGAAGAAAAUGCCUUGUGAUACUGAUACUUAAUCAAUAUUUUGAUAAAUGCUCCAAAAUAAGUUUAUCCCCUGGCAGAUCAUCUCAGGCACAGGUUUUCAGCACAAGUGAAAUAGCUACUUAUCUGCAAUAAACUGACUCCAGUAUAAUAUUUAGCAAACAAAGAGCUAAACUAAACUGUACCAUUUGUCCAACUGAAUUUGCCCAGUCUUCUAAAUGAAGAAACCUGCAAGGAAAACUAGUCUGCAAACAUGUCUGUGCAAUGCUAUACAUGCAAACUUGGAAGUAGGUCCCUCUAAGUUAAAUUAGACUUAAAUGUGUUUAGAAUUGCAACCUUCAAAUAUGUCCAGAGUAUUGGGGUGCUGAAGAUUGGAUCUAUGUUCUUAAAGGAAAGACUCCACUUGCUCAUCCAACUGUAGUUUUAUUGGUCUGCUGGCAGUUGUGCUGUGCUCUUCAUUAAAUAUACAGUAGCAUUUUGGCAUAUAGAGUAGUUUUAAAGAUCUGUUCUAAUAAACUGGGUGCACUCGUGCCAAUUCAUUUUGCUUGCUGGAGAAGAAGGCAGUUUUCCUAAUUUCAGUGUGGUAAUAAGCUUUAAAAAAAUAGGCACCUUUCUGUAACAAGACACUGUAACAGUUGGCUAACCUGUACAUCACAACUCUCAUUGCCCUUAAUUAUCAGCUCUGCUGGCUGGUAAUGUGGAACAUGCACUACAGCAUGUCUCAGCAGUUUGGGGAAUGGAGAGAGAAAUGUCUCUGCAGCCUUACAAACCAAGGAGCUGUCUGGGCUGGGAUCCAAUGAAAACCACCCAGCUCUUGCAUCAGACAGAGUUCCCACCCUAGGCUCUCCUCCCACAGUGUGGGCGCCACUGUGUGGGCCACACCUGUUCAGCCACACCACUGACUUGGACAGGACAGUGGGUGGAGAUGCGCUCAUGUUUCCAUCUGUUGUUACACAAGACAGAUGUGAGACCUCUCAUAUUAAGCAGAUUCUUAUACAAUCUUCAGAGCUAAGGGGUCUUAUUUCAGAGGCCAUGGGAUCAUUUGUGCUGGAUCAGUAAAGCCGUAGCCAUAUCACCCAGGAGCAGAAAAAUCAGAAACGUUCAUUCCGGUCACUUUCUACUUUUUUGCCUGUUAAGAAAGGAUUCUUCCUCGUACAUGUUUGGGAACAGUCCAUGCUCUGUUUACUGUGUAUUGCUGGAAGAGAAUUUGACUGUACAAAUCCUUGAGUUACAUACACCAAGAAUGAAGCUUGCCUGUACUUCCUGAAAUGUUUACACUGGGAAAGUCAACAGCUGCUCGCGCACCCUCCUUUCAAAGAACUGGUUAGCAAGUUGAUUCAGGAUCCUUUAUAACAUUCACUUUGGGCAGAAUGGCAUGUUUGCGGGUCCUGAACAUACAUUGCUAAUGUGUGAAGGUGCAUUUGCAGAGGAGCAUCAGAGGCAGAGGGUAGGAGAUGCCUAACUGGAAAUCAGGCAGGCAGGAAGAGAUAUGGCCUCAUGAGAAUGAAUUGGUCGUGGGAAGCCACCACCACCACUUACUCGCUGGUUGUCACAUGCAGUUGCCCCCGCAACACCGUAUGUUGGCUUAUCAACAUGAAUGCAGCAAUGUAUAGUUUCGCCCUCAGUGUGGCAUUGGAUGUAAGUGAAGAAGCCAGCCAAAAUUGCAGUUGUUUUUGCCUUCCGAAGGUGGUAUUUCUUGUAAUGUUAAGGGGAACUUGCGCGUUCAGAUGCACAGGCUCCUGAAUAUGGCAAUAGUAUGCACAUCCCCACUUUCUGUGCUCAGAUUGUGCCUGUCACUCUGCAUUAGAGGUUUUCACAACUGAUCACAGAGCGCUUUUUCUGUAAUAUCCAAAGCUACUCUCAUUUAUAGUUCUGAUGUGGCAAAAGCAACCCAGUGUGUAUCUCUAGGGUUUAUGAAUAGGAUGGUUCUACCUUGAAAUAAUCCUGCUGCUCAUUUUCCAAACCUCUUUUGACUACAUAGGCUAAUUUUAAUCUUGUGCCUUAUCCCACCACCAUGUCAAUAUGCACUUUACAAAGCUAAGCCUUGAAGUCCAGUGGUUUACUGAGCAUCAUAGAUAGCAUCAGGAGCUCAGCACUGCCUCCCCCUCAAAUGGGGGGGGGGGUAGUUGAAAGUGGUGACAUGAGCACCUGUACUGUUGAGAACCCCACUGAAGUAUCUAAUGCAUUUAAGGCCCUAUACUGAUUUCUAGUAGAGGAUAUGAUAUUGAGCUGCAAGUCUAGGAUUGUACAUCUCAAGAUGCUUGCAGAAAGCACUUUGUUUGUGUAUACAGAUGCUCAAAAAACAAAUGUUUCAGGAUCAACUAUUGAGGAUUUUAAGAGUUUUUUUCAACUCAUGUUGUUGCAUCAGGGCUUAAUUUAUUACAGUACUUGUAUUCUUCAUAUAUAAGCAUAUAUAUUUUUCAAUGUGGAGGGUUAAGGAUUUGCAUAAGCCUCAGAUUUUCACCCUGUGUGAAACAUGUGCUGCUCUUGGAAGAAAGAUAAUAAAUAUAUUUGACAUAAAUCUGUCCAGCUACUUUUUGUGUGUCUUUAAGACAAUCAUGUCUUGUCUUAAAAAAUCUGGUGGAGAAGCACCUUGCAAGCAUUUUUUUCCUUCUUCUGCACACAAGCAGUGACCUGGGAAGGACUGGGCUACAGGUGUUCUGAAGGUGAAACCAGACGUAUACACAGAAGGGUCUCUUGCAAGCAGCAUAAUCAAUAUGUGUUGCGCUUUGGGAAACUCUUGCUAAAUACAGGGGGUGGGAUUCAACUAACUAGCCCCACUAUUGGAAGCCUGUGCAAGGACUUGCACUAGUGCUGCAGGGCUCCCCCACCUCUGCUUACGCCCCUGAAAUUGGCUCUGGCCUGUGGCUGAGACCCUAGAACAGCAUGAGGGGUGAAGAGGACGGGGUGGGGUGGGGUGGUUCAUUCUGAUUGGCAAGCUGAAAAGCUUGUGCUGACAGAUUGAUUGCCAAAGCACUGCACCAAAUUCCUCCCAAAAUGUGUAUGAUAUGAAGUAUUUUGGCAGUUCAGAAUUAGGAUGUAGAUUGGACAUUGACCAGAAAAACAGCCUGGCCUGCUUCUGGUCUUUUAAUAGCAGCUUGAUGCAGAAAUCAGCAGAUGAGACUCUUCACAGCAUUGAGACAAAUGUUCUCACUGACUAAGCUCUGCGCAUCAGGCUGCUGUUAAAAGCAUACACAGAAGCAGGGAAUGGUUGGAAAGUUGGCACCUCCAGACAGAGAUGAAAACAAUAGCACUAGCUGGCUGUUAAUUAGCUGGAUUCCAGCGGAAAUGGAACAUAGCCUGUAUAUCAUGUGCCAAUAUUUGAUUCACUUCAAAGUUCACAGCUGAAUUCACAAGAGGGUGCUGUUGUCACACAAGAAGGAGCAGCACUAUGCUCAUUUUGUCUUGCAAAGCUGUGGUAUCUUAAUUAGAUCAGCAUAAGCUGGGUCAGUCCAAGAGGCAUGAAGGACUAUUAAAACAACAGAUGGCUGACCUAAUUGGUGCAGACAAUACUACUGGGUGAUUUAUCCCACGCAUCAAAAAGUAGGCCUAAGUACUGUCCAGCAAGGCAGGAUUAAUGCUGUUUUUAUGUCAAGUGUUUUGCUCCUGGGAAGGGUGUCGAUGGAAUUAAGCUGGAAGUGUUCUAUACAGAAUGCUGGUAAGGUGACUAAUGCAUUGGAUGGAUGUGGCUGAGGGAUGGAGGACCCUGCUUUCUUUGGCAAUGUAUACCACAGGGAAUCAAAGUAAGUACCUGCUGCUGAAGUUAAGGUUGGGGUAAAAUGCUGCUGUUUCACAAAGGUAAGUGUGAGCAUACCAUCUUUCAACUGUUUAAUCCAUUUUGAGCAGGGAUGGGGAAUACUCCCAAUGUUCUUGGGUUCUAACUCCUAUAAUCCCAGCCAGCAUGGCCGAUAAUUGGGGGGUUGUUAGUCUAACAGCAUGGGAGGACCGAGCACCACAGAUUCUCCAUCCCCGAUUCUGAGCAUAAGAAGCUUCCUUGUGUUGGGUCACAGUAUUAGUUUAUGUGGCCUAGGAGUGGCAGGGAUCAUUUUCAUACCCUAGCUGUAACCUGCUGCACAUGCUGUUCCACUGUGCUACUGCUGUAUCCAUCCUACCCUUCUCCAGUGUUUCAUCUUCAAAAGCAACAUCAUUGUCUCUGGAUAUAGGAAUUUUGAUGUCCAGUUGCUCCCUAGAGUUACCAGUGCCCUAGUCUUGUGUAUGCAUUACUGCUUACUCUUGUGUGCUCCCACCACAGGUGUUUGAAACUGAGUACACAUUAUGUUGCACACAAUCCAUAGGUAUUCUGUGGUUUCCUGAGAAAUACUCCUGUUUCAUUCACUUUCCCUCAAAGCAGCUUCCAUCAUAUUUGAAAAGGCAUGGAAGGCAUGGUUAAGCUGAGGUGUGUACCUUUGGGAGAGCAGUUGCACAUGCACAGAUGACAGCUUUGUUGAAUAGGAGUUUGGCGCAGGGAAACAAGCAGACCAGGACCUGGGAGACCAUGGUUCAAAUCUCUACUCAUCCAUAAAGUUCACUGGGUAACUGUGGGCCAGUCACUGCCUCUCAGCCUAACCUACCUCACAGGGUUGUUGUGGGGAUUAAAUGAAGGGGGGGGAGAACCAUGUACACCACCUUAUGCUCCUUGGAGAAAAGGUGGGAUAUAAAUUCAAUAAAUGAAUAAAUAAUGCCCACUGAUAGCUUGACAUACGUACAUUAGCUCAGCUGUGAUUCUUGCAUUGCAGUGGAGUGGAUCAGAUGACUCUUCAGGUCCCUUCCAACUCUACAAUUCUGUGAUUGACUAUGUGAUCAGCAGAAUAUGCCCACUAACACCACACUUUUGGUAUUGAUCUGUCAAUAUUGCUUUGCACCCUGAAUGAAAAGGGAAUAGGACUGCACUUGCCUGUCCUGUACCCCAUGCUAAUGUUCCCAGCUGUCAUGCCUCUUUAGCAGCUGCACAAGCAUAUGAACGGGCCUUGUGCCUGCACUGCUGUAGAUACACAUCCAUAGUGGGUCUUCUGAGCAAUCCUAUAACCCAGAGGUUUUCAACCUUUUUGAGUCCACGGCUCCCUUGACCAACUACGUUCUUUCUGCGGCACCCCUGUGGGGCUCAGGAGCCCAGUUAUGUCACCCCUUCCUGCAGAGCCAGCAGCCCUUCACCCCUUUUCAAACACUCUCCCUUGUGGCGUGUUCCCUCAGCCUCCUCUCCCCUCUCCUUGGGAGUCUUCAGGGCAGCCGCCCCUGGCCUCUGAGCUACCCCACCCCACCACAAUGAGAGGUUCCUCCUUAUGCCGCCCCAGAGGGGUCUGGGAAGAGGAUGCCCAAUGGAGUCUGGCCAAAGGUGAACAUGAGGCCACCAUCUUGCCCACCUUGGAAGGCAACGGGCCUGCAUGGCAGAAAGGCUCCCCUUCGGUGCCAGGCACUUGGAUCCCAGUCAAGCCUUGCACACAGCAAGAACAAGAAAGGCCUGCCUGCCCGGCCUCCCACUUGUCUGUCCAUUCCCAACAGCAAGGGCUGGCAAACUGGCUGGCUGGGCUUACUCCGAGGCCACCUCAGCUCCUGGCAACCAACACCCCCGGCCAUCCCCAGAGCCACCAUUCGCCUGGGGAGCUUGUAACCAGGGCUGCUGCAACAAACAGCUGUGCAAGCCUUUGGGAGGCAGAAACGUGAGAGGGCAUCAGAGGAGGGAGGGAAGGAGAGAGGGACAGAGGCCAGUGUUGCCCUGUCGCGCCCCCCCCUGACCAUCAUUCAAGGCACCCCAGGGCGCCAUGGCACACUGGUUGAAAGCCACCGCUUUCAAGCUUUCUAGUUAAAUCCUAAUGCUUGACUAUUGGGGGAUGUGGCCAUUAGGCCCACUUGCAUUUUGGGGUGUGCCUAGCAGCUGCAACCUUCCCCCUAUUAGGAUAUUUUCUAAUAUCCAGACAAGAUCUGCUUCCUUGCCUUCUGCUCAUCCGUUCAAGUCCUGGCAGAAAGCCUGUAUAAAGCCUUGACUGGAGCACCUAUAAUUAAGCAGAGCUGACCAUAGGCAAACACCUCUGUGUAAAAGGAGCCCCCACCCAUGGGAUGUUGCUGCUGGAAAUCGUUGCCUUGUUAUCAUUGUUAUUUAUUAAAUUUGUAUACCGCCCUUCAUCCGUAGAUUUCAGGGCGGUUCACAGCAUAAAAAUACAAGUCAAAAACACAAAAUGCAUAACAAGCUCCUCACUUCCAAAAGGCGGGAGCAACAGAGAAGGGCCUGAGGAGGUCUCCAAUAUUCAGGCAUAUUCACAAGGGAGCUGCUUAAAACCAAAUACGUUCAGGAGUGCGCCUUGAAUAACACACGUGUGUGUGUGUGUGUGUGUGUGUGUGUGUGUGUGUGUGCGCGCGCGCAGAGUCAGUGACAGUGUCAAACCGAUGUGUGGCUCGUGAGGUGCAAUAGGCUCUGCCCUCUCUGAGCCACCAUUUAAUUUCUGCCUCUGGCUCCGUCCCUCACACCUGCUUUGCACCUGCUUGGCGGGCUUCUCAGGUUCCACGUGAAACGACAAAUACAACACUGCAUGUAAACGAACUGUGAAAGUUGAAAGGACACGUGCUUUCUCCUGUUUAUUUGUCAAUGCAGGAAAAUCUUUAUUUAAAAAAAACUAAUUAAAAAAAACAAACGCCUCACAACCCAGGCAGGAAGAUUCCCUCCAAGCCCUGCUCAGAACCUUCCAGCAGGUGGCGCUGCCUCCGCCGCCUCCCGAUCACAAACUCUCCUCCCGCUUGGCUCAGCCUGCUAGGAAAUGACCUAAGAGGAAACCCUCCGGGUUUGCAAGCAAUGGAAAGAAUUCGUCUUCCAGGAGUCUCCGCCUGACACCAAAAGCGGGUGAAAAGUAAGGGAGAGCAGCAGCAGCUGGGCAAUUUUUUUAAAAAAAUAUAUUAUUGUUUUUAUUUUGCUGGUGGCGGGUCGAAUUGGUGCAGGAUGCCCAUCCUGCAUUUGCACUCCAUGCUUGAGUUGCUGCCUUUCCUGCUCCUGCUGCUGUUCUUCAUGGCUGUGGGCUUUUUCCUGAUCUACCUCCACCGACCCGAACCAGAAACCAAAAAGAAUUAGGGUGAGGGGGCGCUGACUAGCUGGCUGGGCUGGGCUGGGCGGGCUGCUGUUCCCUCGUAAAGAUGCACCUCACUCCAGUCCUGAAAGUGGAGGCAUAAAAAACCCCAAACAAAGCAGGUUGGUGACAUUUGAAAACCUCUCUUCCUUGUUAGUUUCAGAAAGAAACGCCCGCUUCUUAACGGGCGUGGAGCAUUUUCUCUCCCAUCUGCCUUCCUGACUUGGGCUUUCUGGAUUUUACAAGCGAUCCUUCUCUGUUCAAGUUCAGAUGCUUAUUCUUAUUCUUAUUCUGUUUAUAUCCCACUUUUCCUCCAGAGAGCUCAAAGUUGCGUACAUAGGUUUCCUCCCCCAAUUUCCAUUUUAUUCUCACACAACCUCUGUGAGAUAGGUUAGGCUGAAAGGUAGUUGUGGCACAUAGUCAGACAACUUUGUCUUCAGCAAGUUGUGCCCAAAAUAUGUCCCCUUCCCGUCCCUAGACUGAUUUACAUCUUUGGCCCCUGUAAAACCUGUGCACACAGUUGGGCUGUGCAUGUAACUCUUCCAGCAAUGUAGAAGGGAAUGUGACCUGGCAUGCCCAUGCUCACCCGUCUAAUCUUGGCAAUCCUUUCAGUGUAUUGUCAGAACAUCUCCAUGACUCAUAAAGGAGUUUUUGGGCAGCUAUAGUAUGAACAAGCCCAUUCUGACUUGUGUAUGCCUUUGGAAGGGAUCAUGGUUUGAAUCUCCUUGUCAUAUAUUUUUUUAAUAAAUCCAAUUGAAAUUGCCACAACUGACAAAAAUGGCAAGGCCAAACAACAACAAUCUAAUUUGUAAUCUCUGUAAUCCAGGAUAACUGCCUGCCAGACCUUUGCUGAGAUAAUGUCUACAAAGGUGCCUUAUAUUGAGUCAGAUCAUUAUACUACCUCUCCCAGCAUGGUCUGUUCCAGUCUUCUCCAAUGUGGUGCCUUCCAUGUGUUUUGGACUACAACUCAGCCCCAGUUAGCAUUGCAGUUAGCAUACAGGAAGAAUGGGAGUUGUAGUCCAAAUCAUCUGGAGGGAAUGACUUUGAGAAAGGCUGGUAUGAUAAUAUAUCCUAGUCCUUGCUCGCUAAGAUCUUUUUUUCCCCCCUUCCUUUUUUUUUUUUUUUUGCUGGAUAUUUAUUCCUGGGCUUUCUCACUGAACUAGGGGGCCUUGUGGCCAAAUCAGCACCUACGCAAACUCAGGAGAGUUUGCAUAUGGUUGAUGGCAAGUUGUUGUGCACAGAAAUCAUUAACUUUGCAGUACUGAUAAUGUUUAUCUUCUGCAUGUAAUAACUGCCAUGAACUAAGCACAGAGAUGUUUGUGUGGCAGAUCUGGUAUGUGCAGAAACAUGAGUAUUAUGGGAGUAGUCUGGAACCCAAGCAUGGUUUAACAACAGUAUAGAAAUAGAAAUUUAAUAGUAGUAGUAGUAGUUGCUAUCCCCCACUUGGUCUCUCAUACCGUGACUUUACAUUUCAGGAGUAUCCAUAUCUGUAGCCAGGUCACAUCUAAAGUGCAUUCUGACAUUAUACACUUGCAGCUGACUAUCAGAAAAGAGAACAAAAGCUAUAGUUCACAAAAGCAACCUUUAUAUGUGAACAUUGUCACAGUGAAGCUGUACUGAUCCCCUUCUGUGAAUUAUAAAGUUGAAACAUGUUCCCGGAGCCGAAGGGGUGAAUUUGCAGGAUUUAGUCCCUCUGAAGUUAUGUGAGUAAAUGUACACAGGGAUUUUGUUCAAGAAGUCACUUGCAGGCAUAUCAAAGGAACUGGCUCUGAAUUACUGUAUGUAUGCCAAAGGGACGAAUCCCUUCGUUGUUGUCGUUUAGUAGAAAAGGUGUGCCUGCACUAUGCUGAUAACAUUACUAUAGCUAUUUCAUAGUCUGGGGCCACCUUUGUCCCUGGUGGUCUUUGAGCCUGAGAAUGCCUUUUGCCAGAUUGGCUGACUGCACCAGCUGUGACCCUACCUUGAGGGAGGAAUCUGUGCUCUGUUAACCUUCAGAUUAGACUGCUGCAGUGUGAUACGCAUUCUGAUACUUACUGCUAGAUGGCUAACUGGGACCAGGGCCAGUUUUAAUCACAUCAUGCUGGUGCUUCAUCGAUUAGCACAAGCUCCCUGUCCAUUUACAGCUCAAUUCAGAGUGUUCAUUUUGACAUUUAAAGUCCUUCCCAGUUUGAAGGACCACCUGCCUCCACAUGUGCCUACAGAUAAUGCAACAGAGGCCAUUAUUUGGAUGCCCGCUGGCAUUGGGGGUAAAGCCAACGACUAUUGGGGAGAAAGACCUUAGUGAUGGUGCCCAGGUUAUGGAAAGCUCCCUCCCAAUGGAGGCGGUUGGAGGAUGGGUGGCUAACUGAUUGAGGUUGAAUUCUGACAAGACAAAAGUACUAUUUGGGGGGGACAGGGUGUGGGUGGGUGUGGAGGACUUCCUGGUUCUGAAUGGGGUAACUGUGCCCCUGAGGGAGCAGGUGUGCAGCCUGGGAGUCAAUUGACUCACAGCUGUCCAUGGAGGCACAGAUCAAUUCUGUGUCCAGGGCAGCUGUCUACCAGCUCCAUCUGGUACGCAGGCUGAUGACAACAACAACAACUUAUUAUUUAUAUCUGGCUGGGUUUCCUACCUGCCUGCAGACUGUCUCACCAGAGUGGUGCAUUCUCUAGUUAUCUCCUGCUUGGACUACUGCAACGCACUCUACGUGAGGCUACCUUUGAAGGUGACUCGGAAACUAUAAUUAAUCCAGAAUGCGGCAGCUAGACUGGUGACUGGGAGCGGCCACUGAGACCAUAUUACACUGGUCCUGAAAGACCUACAUUGGCUCCCAGUACGUUUCUGAGCACAAUUCAAAGUGUUUAAAGUCCUAAAUGGCCUCAGCCCAGUAUACCUGAAGGAGCGUUUCCACCCCCAUCGUUCAUCCUGGACACUGAGGUCCAGCUCCGAGGGCUUUCUGGUAGUUCCCUCACUGUGAGAUGUGAGAUUACAGGGAACCAGGCAGAGGGCCUUCUCGGUUGUGGCACCCGCCUUGUGGAAUGCCCUCCCAUCAGAUGUCAAGGAAAUAAACAAUUAUCUGACAUAUGAAGGCAGUCCUGUUUAGGGAAGUUUUUAAUGUCUGGUUUUAUUGUAUUUUUAAUAUUUUGUUGGAAGCCACCUAGAGUGGCUGGGGAAACCCAUCCAGAUAGGUGGGGUAGAAAUUAAUUCUUCUUCUUUUUCUUUCCUCAUAUCUGCUUUAAUCUGCUUUAUCUUUUUUAAGAAGUUUUUAUUUCUUCUUUUUGUUUCUACUGUUUGUAUCAUGUGAUGAGUGGUUUUUAUUGCUUUAUUAUGUUGUUGCUGUUGUUUCUUUGUAAGCCACCCUGGGAAUUUUUUUUUUUUUUUGGAAGAGCAGGAUUAAAGCCUACUACUACUACAAAUAUAAUAUAGCAGCACCAACCAGAAAGCCCUUGAUCCUAUCUGAUAUCAGCAGUUCAGGUUGGGUCAUGUUAGCAUUGUAUGGGAAACUGUAUGAAAAUAGGCUUGCAAGAGCCAGUGUGGUGAAGUGGUUAGAGCAGCCUUUCUCAACCUCUUGGUUCCCAGAUGUUGUUGGACUACAACACCCAUCACCCCUAGCUAGCGGAACCAGUGGUCAGGGAUGAUGGGAGUUGUAGUCAAACAACAUCCGGGGACCCAAAGUUGAGAAAGACUGGGUAAAAUGUCAGACUAGGACCUGGGAGGCCAGGAAUCAAAUCUCCACUUGAUCACCAAAACUUUGGGCUGGUCACUGCCUCUCAUACCAACCUACCUCCCAGAGUUAUUGUGGGAUUAAUUGAAGAGGGAGACAACCAUGUGUGCCUUGAGCUCCUUGAAGAAAAUGUGGCAGACAUAUGGAAUAAACAAAUAACCAUAAAUGUACAUAGCUAUUAUUAAAUUAUAGAAAAUAUGCAUAACGAAUGCUUUUUAAAAAUUCUGCUCACUUGUCAUAUCGUCAUGAAUGUUUUGCAAGAGCAGGCCUUUGGACAUGCUUAAUCUUGUCCCUAACACCUACUAACUAACCUGUAUGUGUUCCUAUCUACUAAAAUAGUGUCCCUGAUCCUGUUGUUCUUUGUGCAUGGGCAAUCCCCAUCAGAAGGGGUGAGUGACAGAUGAGCUUGAAUACUGAGAACAAGGAGGAGUUAUGAGAUAUAACCAAGGGCUAAGAGUUGCAGAGGACUAGCCACUUGAAGUAAAGCCAAAGACCUUUGGAAUGACAGAAACUAACUGGAAACCCAGUGGGAAAGGAACAGUUGUUUCCUCUCCUGCAUUCCCACCCCACAUCCUUUUGCAUAGAUCCCAGAGUGCUAUAUGUUUUCGCUGGAAGCAUCCCUUGUUUUGUCAUCUCACUUUUCACCAAUUGCAGUGAAAACACAUGUCACAGCUGCGGAAUUCUGAUGAGUGAGCAAUGAUGCGUUUGGUCUGUUGUCUAUUCAGUAUUCAGGGGGCGAUGUGGCAGUUAAAUUUGGUUUGGCACUGAACAGGGUGGGCAGGUAAGCCUGGAUAUUUCAGCCCAAAACAAAGGCGUUCCCUCCUUAAAUCUUAAGUGGGUGAAAUAGCAAAAAAGUCCCAACACCCUUGUAGAUAGAACAGAGAUAAUGGGGGGGCGGGCAGAAGUACCAUCCUUGUCUGAGGAGAUUUUAACAAGUUUUUCUUUGUUAUGAGGAAUGUAGUUUCAUUUCAGGAACUCCAGUGUAACUGGCAGUUCCAUUUUCCUGUUCAGUGGAGAAUGAGAGCAUCUGAAAAGCCAUGGCUAAUACCGUCUCCUUCCCUUUCCAGGAUAAUCAGUACCUGAUCGCUUCUCUCCCCACAGUUACCACUAA